AAAUUGUUUAGUCCUGACUAAAGGAAACUUAUUGAGUCAAGAGCCAAACAGAAGAGAUGAACAUAAAAAGGCUAACCACCAGGUGCCCGAUUCAGGAAAAAAUAGGAAAAAAAGAUGAGAAAGAUAAAGGUAUGUACGCUCACAUGAUGCAUGUUUUCAAUUUUUUGAACCAGUUAACUGGGAUUUUAACGGUUAAAUUCGGUCAACUAAUUGCUAACAGAGCUAACAGGGCUGAAAUAUUGAAACGAAUAUUCAAAUGGUUCGAAAAAAAUCCUUCGUGUUUUACUGAUUCAAACUAGGAUUUAUUAAAUGCUCGCUGCAGCCCGUGGCCUGCCUGAACAACAACAAACACAUGUUGAUCAUGUUCACAUAUUAAUAAAUAAAACAACUCUACAAGCAGAAGAAAACUCCCCAGUCACCACUAACUAUCCUGUUUAUUUAUUGCAGAUGGCUACACUGAUUAUUUUUUACAUGAUUUGUUCUGUAAAAGUUGGCAUUUUUGGUAGUCUACAGUUUUUUUUAUGUCAGUUUAAAUUACAAUUUCAGAGGCAAUUCUAAAAUAUUAUGGAUCAUGAUAAAGAUCUAUUGGAGAUCUACCCCAACUUUUGGACUGCUCUGCCAGUCACUGUGGCUCAAGCUGAGAGGAGCUUUUCAAAACUCAAAGGGGGCCUCGCCCAGGGAGUAAUUCCAUGUAGACACAUUCACACACUGCUCAACCGCAACACUGCCACAGAUUUUUACAGCAGAAAUAUUCCAGAAUUCCUCCCAGAUUUGACCCCUGGAUGCUCUGGAGAACUUCAGAAACCAUGUGAAAUAAAUCAGAUUGUCAUGGUUCUGCCUUCUCUCUGCUUCUACUGUUAUUUUCCCUUCAUUGUUUGCAGGUGAGCGUGUUGGGGAGCAGCAGCUGCAGCUAAUUACCAUCAGCCUGGCCAGAGGAUUUAAGGAGCGGUGCUGCCACACCUCAACGCCGGUUGAUACUCUACUGUUGGGUACAUCUAGCCACGUCCUUAUCUGUGCCUUGACUUUAAGACUCGUUUACCUGAACUAACCCAGCUCUGCAUUCUUGUCUGUACCAGCCCUGGAUUCCCUCCACCUGCCUCAGGUGUGAUUUAUCACAGCGUCGUUCAGCUUCGCUGGCCUCCUGCUCUCCACCGCUCACCUGCCUUCCUGGAUCCAGCAUCUCCUCCAGCGACCAUCUCCUCCCUGCAUCAACCUGACUUGCCUCUCCCUCCUGCCCCUCGUCCUGCUCAACUCAAGAGGAGCUCCAUCUGGGCCCCAGCCAGACCGCCACCACCUACAAAAGCAGCUCUUCGAGUAACGGGGCCAUGGGGCGACGGGCUACUCUUAUCGAGCCAGAGCGCCUGAAGGACUUCGGUGAGGAGGAACUUCUCAACGGAGACGUGGUUGUUCAUAAAAUCAAAGUGGUGGAAGCCCCUGAGAUUAAGCUGAUGGACCCACCUAAAACCAGACAAGUCAGCGAGUUCCGGAUCGUCCCCAGGCCUCCCGCUCAGUAUUUGCGCUUCGAGGACAUCAGCGCUGCAGCUUUCAGGAUCCAGUCUGGGAUACAGAAGACACCUUGUACAUACUCUAGACUCUCUAAACUCUAUGGGAUGGAGAUCUACCUGAAGAAGGAGCACCUGCACUACACUGGCUCUGUGAAGGAGAGAGGAGUUCUGUACCUGCUCACCUGCCUCACUCAGGAGCAGCAGACAAAGGGCGUGAUUGUAGCCACGGACUGUAACUUCUCCAUGGCCGUGGCUCACCACGCGGCAGUCAUGAAGGUACCGGUGUUCGUGAUCAUGCCGUCAGGAUGCUCAUCACCCUGUCUCAGGAUCUACAGAGACUACGGCGCCAUGGUCAUUUCCUACGGCAGCACCAGCCGUGACUCCCAGAACCACGCCCGGCUCCUGGCCAGUGAGAACGGAUACCUGUACCUGGAGGAAGAUGAAAGUGCAGAGUACCUGGCUGGACUGGGAACUGUGGGAAUGGAGAUUUAUGAGCAAGUGCCUAAAGUGGAUGCAGUGAUUGUUCCUGCAGCAGGACAGUAUGGACUCCUUGCUGGCACCGCUGCAGCCAUCAAACACCUGAACUCUCAGAUUCUGGUCAUGGGAGUCGAACCAGAAGGCUUCCCUUUGCUGCUUCAGUCUCUGAAAACCGACUCUCCUGUUCCAAACGUCCACAGCAGCCCCGAACAGAAGCUUUAUGAGGGUCUGAUGGAGCGUUCGCUCGGCGUCAACACGUUCCAGCUGGCAAAGAAACUGGUGGAUAAGGUUCUGUCUGUCAGUGAGGAUCACUCCCUGGUGGCCAUGUUGAGGUUCCAGGAGUUUGAACGCUCCACAGUCGACGCAGAAGGAGCCAUGGGACUGGCGGCCAUAUUGGCUGGAAAUCUACCAGAGCUAAGAGGGAAAAAGGUGGUUGUUGUGGUGAGCAGCGCCAACAUGGCGCCAGAGCUGAUGAGGCGGUGUGUGGACCGGGCUUUGGUGCUGGACGACCGGGUGAGUAAGUUCUCGGUGCAACUGGGAGAAUGGCCAGGAGACAUGGCCAGGCUGCUGGACGUGCUGUCCAGAGAGGACGUCAGAUUGCUGGAUGUCUGUCAUCGCCGACACAGCGACAAAUCAGAUCUGUUCAAGGCAAAGGUUGAGUGUGUGGUGGAGACCAGGGAUAAGACACAAAGCACUCAGCUACGCAAGACGCUGAAUGAGCGCUACCCGUCCAUAUGUUGGCUGGAUCGGUGAUCAAAGCUCAAAAACUGGAAUCCUGAGAGAGAAAAGCCUAAAAUAUAAACUCAGUCACAUUUAACCUUUGUUAGCAGCAGGUAGCGUUAAAACCUCAGUGGAGGUUUUAUUUCUAAUUUUAACUUACUGAAUUCAUAUCUGUGUUCAUAAAUAUUUAUAUAUACCUACAUGUAGUAGAUAUAUGUACACGAUCGUGUGUAUAUAUACAUUUAUACACACAAAAAUACCACUGUAAAUAUAUAUUGUAUACGUAUGAAGACAUACACCAGUGUGUGUGUGUAUUUAUCUAUACAUGUAUACAUACACACGCUAGUAAAAGAAAAAAAACAUUUUAAGUGUGAAGUUUGACAUAAAUAAAUAAAAUGAUUUUUGUCUGAAAUGUUUCUGAGAGACUAAAAUAGACGUAGGUUCUACCUUCCUCCUAACGCUCUGUUGGAGAUGGAUUAAGGUUAGGACGUUUUGUUACCGAAUCACACGCUCACCUGGACAUCCUGGGUGGACACUUGGACGAACUUCAAGGUGUGUUUUUGUUUAAAAAAAACUAUCCUAAAGUUAAGCCAGCUGUUGUAUCUUGGCUGCACCAACCCAAAGGUUGGUCAGGAAUGGCACCAGAUGGGUCUACGUCCAUGUGCGGCUCAGGGAGGAGAAAACAUCUAGAGGACGGUCUGGGGUCAAGAAGGGCAGCAAAGAAGCCACAGAAAACCAUCAGAGAGCGACUGAUGUUCUGCUGAAGGUCCAGGGACAAAACCGCUGAAGCGUGGAGGAAAGCAUCCCUUGACUGUGUGUUUGGAGGUCCCCUCAGCCAAGGGAGAGGACUCACUCCCAGUUUAGCCUCAGAACAGCCAUGAAUAAAGAUUACCUAAACGUCCCCCAGAGGAACGCCUCCAAAUGAUGUCUUCUCCAGCAUGAUGGAGCACCAGGCCAGAU